UACCACUUCGUACAAGAUGCCUCACUCGUUUGGUCUUCGCGCUCGUACUCGCCACAUGUUCUCUCGUAACUUCAGAGAACAUGGCGUCAUCGCUCUCUCUACUUACUUGAAGACCUACAAGGUUGGUGAUAUCGUUGAUAUCAAGGCCAAUGCUGCUGUUCAAAAGGGUAUGCCCCACAAGUUCUACCACGGUCGUACUGGUGUUAUUUUCAACGUCACCAAGUCCUCUGUUGGUGUCCUUGUUCACAAGAAGGUUGGAAACCGCUAUAUGGAAAAGCGUGUUAACGUCCGUAUUGAACACGUUAAGCACUCCAAGUGUCGUCAAGAAUUCUUGGACCGUGUCAAGGCCAAUGCUCAAAAGAAGAAGGAAGCUAAGGAAGCUGGUGUUUCUUUCAACCUUAAGAGAAUUCCCGCUCAACCCCGUGAUGCUCGUCACGUCUCCACCAAGAACAAUGUUCCUCAAACCAUUGCUCCUGUUGCUUAUGAAACUCUCUUGUAA